AAUUUGAAUACAGCAGAAUAUUUGAUAGAUGUUCCACUCGAGGAUAUGACUACGGAAUCUAUUUAUCUCUUAAGCCACCAAUAUGGAGCUAAAGCCGUUAUUUACCUACGCAGAAGACUCCGAAAGGGAGUUUAGUCCAGUAUUCCCCGACAUAGAAGACACCAAAGUUGAGAUAGAGCCAUUGCUUACCGACACAGAAGACAGUUCAAACAGUGAUACCAGUUCUUCUGAAUCUAACCCCAUGACGACGGAACAGAAAUUCACUUUAGUUUCCCUAUCUAUAAGUUACGCGUUUUCCUCUGCCUUUUAUUCUAUGUUAGGACCUAUAUACCCACAAGAGGCAAAGAGGAAAGGUGUCUCGCAGUUGAUGACUGGUCUUAUAUUUGGUGUGCAUGCACUUGUUGUCUUUGCUACAUCACCCUUCUUUGGGAAAUAUCUGUAUAGGAUAGGUGCUAAGUUCGUGUUAAUCGUAGGAUUGCUCGUAGCUGGAAUAUCCAAUGUGAUAUUUGGGUUUCUGGACGAUUCCCCCGAUGGCUUUGUGUAUGUUGUGCUGUGUUUGAUCGUGCGAACUCUGGAGGGUCUAGGAUGCAGCGCAUUUGAAACUGCAGGGUUUGCUAUCAUGGCAUAUACAUUUCCCAGUCGGGUCUCCACAAUGUUUGGUAUAAUCGAAGCAGUCAUUGGUUUUGGUUUUAUGGUAGGACCCGUGAUUGGAGGAGCUUUGUACCAGGAGCUCUUGUUAUAA